CUAACGCCAUACUCCUCCCCAAAAUGAGCAAAAAUAAAAAACAGAAAUAAUUAAAAGCUAGAGAGUACUGAUAACUGAGUGAAGUGAACGAAAUCUCCCACCCGAGAGUCAUAUUUCUUUCUCUCUCUAGCAUUUAAUUUAUUCUUGUAUCGAAGCUGGGGGUUUGAGGAAUAUGCAUCGAAAUUAUUGGAAUUUGAUGAAUUUUUGGAGAAUUUCUUCUCGGUCAUUGGAUUCUUUUUCAGUAUUUGAUUCGUGCUGGUUUUGCUCAUAGUGCGGUUUCAAUCUUUUUGGUGUUUGUUUACAGAAAUCUCGCUGUCGGGUUUGAUUCUUAAUUUUCCUCAGAUCUGAAAGGGCUCAUAUUUGUCGGCGUCGGCGAUGUUGUGCUUCGAUAGACUGCCAUUCUUCUUCAGCGGCUCUGGGUUGGUGCAAGAUAUCUGCUGGUCAAUCUUGAAGGGGUUGCUUGUUUUAUGUUAUGUGUUAUCCAUCACAGAUGCUGACUUACUGAAUAAACCAUUGGAAGCACAAGUUCUGUCUCCAGUCGCAGUGCCUUUGACAGCUCUUGCUAUGCCUGAGCUUCCCCAACCAUCCAACCUGCCUUUAUUUCAUAAAGCUCGCCAGAAACUUCUUGCUCCUCACGGUGCACCUGGCCGUGUACCAACAUCUGCACAGCCUCCUCAUUAUGGUCCUUUUAUAACAUCUUCCCCCGCUUCAAGCUCACGUUUGUUGAAACUAUCUAUGAAGAAGAGUGGAUCAGUGCCUCUCAGAACCAGCCUUCGACCUCCACGUUUGUCGGAGAUUGCCCCAACUCAACCUUCACCCACUACUCUACCUGCCGCUUUAGCUCAGCCGCCACUAUCUACUAACAUCUCCAACUGUUGUGGACCAGACAUGGUGCUCAAACGAGAAAGCAAGGGAUGCCACUGUGUAUAUCCAAUAAAGCUUGAUAUUCUUCUUGUGAAUGUCUCGUCUAAUCCAAAUUGGAAUCUUUUUCUAGAACAAUUUGCUGCCCGACUAGAUUUGCAGGUUUCACAGAUCGAGCUUAUUAAUUUUUAUAUUGUUGGUAUAUCGGGACUUAAUAUAUCGAUGGACAUUACUCCACUUAAAGGGAUUACCUUUUCCGCCAGUGAAGCUGCUAGAAUUAACUCUUCGCUGUCUAUGCACAAGGUCCAUCUAGAUCCUGCUUUAGUGGGUGACUACCAACUUCUCAACAUAACCUGGUUUAAGCCCCCAGUUUCAUCUCAAGCUCCUGUUUCUUCUAAGCCUCCAGUGGGAACACCUCCGCACCUGCCCUCAACUCCUGCAGCUGUUGCCACUUCAGACAAAGGGAAACGCCCAAGUUUAGUUCUUAUAAUUGGAAUUGGAGCUGGUAUUCUACUUAUUGCUAUUAUUUCCGUGCUUAUAAUUUGUUUGUGCACAUCUCAUCAAGGGAGGAAAACAGAACCUUUUAAAGAAGCUGCAAUGGCAAGGAAUGUGGAUGCUGUUCCAGCAGGAGGAUCUCUUCACCAUCCUACAAGUACACGGUUUCUUACUUAUGAAGAACUAAAAGAAGCUACAAAUAACUUUGAACCUGCUAGCAUACUAGGAGAAGGUGGCUUCGGAAGAGUUUUCAAGGGUGUAUUAUCUGAUGGUACAGCUGUAGCCAUAAAGAGGCUUACUAGUGGUGGUCAACAAGGGGAUAAAGAAUUUUUGGUUGAGGUUGAGAUGCUUAGCAGGCUGCAUCACCGUAACCUAGUGAAACUUGUUGGUUACUAUACUAAUCGUGAUUCCUCCAACCUACUAUGUUAUGAGCUUGUUCCAAAUGGAAGUUUGGAGGCCUGGCUACAUGGUCCCUUGGGUCUGAACUGCCCGCUGGAUUGGGACACAAGAAUGAAAAUUGCUCUUGAUGCUGCAAGAGGACUUGCAUACUUGCAUGAGGACUCACAACCUUGUGUUAUUCACAGAGAUUUCAAGUCAUCCAAUAUCUUGCUUGAGAACAAUUUUCAUGCAAAAGUUUCUGAUUUUGGCCUUGCAAAACUGGCUCCUGAAGGCAGGGCAAAUUACCUGUCUACUCGUGUCAUGGGAACUUUUGGGUAUGUAGCCCCAGAGUAUGCAAUGACUGGGCACCUUUUAGUGAAAAGUGAUGUAUAUAGCUAUGGAGUGGUUCUUCUUGAAUUGUUGACUGGUAGAAAACCUGUAGAUAUGUCGCAACCCUCAGGACAAGAGAACCUUGUUACUUGGGCUAGGCCAAUACUUAGAGACAAGGAUCGAUUGGAAGAACUUGUUGAUCCUAGGCUUGAUAGUAAGUACCCAAAGGAAGAUUUUAUACGGGUUUGCACAAUUGCAGCAGCUUGUGUUGCCUCAGAAGCAAGCCAAAGGCCUACGAUUGGAGAAGUGGUGCAGUCACUUAAAAUGGUGCAGCGUGCAAUGGAGUAUCAUGAUUCUGCAGUAACUACCCAUCCUGGACCCAAUCUUAGGCAGUCAUCCACCACCUUUGAGUCUGAUGGAACAUCAUCCAUUUUUUCUUCUGGUCCUCAUUCGGGUUAUAGUGCUUUCGAUAAUGAUAACAUUGUUAGGAGGGCCGUAUUAUCUGAAGAUCUUCAUGAAGGACGAUAAGUAUUUUUGUGGUGGAUCGAAUGCUUCAGAGCAUCUAAUUGACCGGAUGGUGGAUAGGAUUUGAAUUUCUGUAACUCUAUUUGGUGAGAUCUGAGAAUUGAUGUUCCCUUCGUACCCUGUAGAGAACUUUUGGUCAGUUUUCCCCAUAUGUUGGUCAUUCUCUACACCUCGGGAUGAAACUUUGUAUAUAUGUUUUGAUCUCUCUUUUUAACUGGACUCCCUGUUAUUUUCUCACCUUUUUAUGAUUUGCAGUAUAUACUUUCUUCA